CAUGUUUGGUUUGUAUUUUUUUAGACGAGGGAAAUCGAGACAUUGUUUGGUAAAUAUGCAGGAUUUGGUGGCACCCGUAACCCACAUCAAAUUUGAUCUGGAAGUAGCCCUUGAACAGCAACUGGGAUCACAGCCACUUCCAUUCCCCGGGAUGGACAAGUCUGGAGCAGCAAUAUGUACAUUUUACCUCAGCAAUGUUUGUAGCAAAGGGACAGCCUGUCCCUAUAGGCAUGUUAAAGGAGACAGAACGGUGGUGUGUAAACAUUGGCUCAGAGGUCUCUGUAAGAAGGGCGAUGACUGUGAAUUUCUACAUGAGUUUGACAUGAGUAAAAUGCCUGAGUGCUACUUCUUCUCAAAGUUUGGUGAAUGUAACAAUAAAGAGUGUCCUUUCCUUCACAUUGACCCCUCUGCCAAAAUUAAAGACUGUCCCUGGUAUGACAGAGGAUUCUGCAGACAUGGACCAAACUGUAAAAAUCGUCAUGUCAGAAGAGUUUUGUGUCAGUGUUAUCUCAAUGGUUUCUGCCUUGAGGGACCUAAAUGUAAAUAUAUGCAUCCCAGUUUUGAUAUUCCUGUCUUUGAACAGCAGACAACCAGCAAGAAAGUUAAUAUAGUGUGUCAUUUCUGCUCAGAACCUGGACACAAAGCACUGAGCUGUCCAAAGAUGAAAACUGAUACAGAUAAAAUAAAUAUUAUCCAGACCACGAUGGACAGUACUUCCCAGUCCGGGACUGGUCACAAUGUGUAUCUUCCAUACAAACCACUGACCAGUCACGAUAACUAUGUAGAUCCAAGACGACCACUUGACCAAGUUACUUGCUUCAAGUGUGGAGAGAAAGGCCAUUAUGCAAACAAGUGUCCAAAAGGCCAUCUAGCAUUUUUAGCCUCAUCUUCUGGAAGUUGACCUUGCAAGAAUUCCCUGGUAGCAAAUACAACUGUCAAUUUUGCAAAGAAUUGAAAACUAUUGUCCAAAUUUUUUUCAUUGCUACUGAUUUUGUAAUGAAAAGUUUUAAUGUUAAACAUUGAAAAGUAAAGGAAUUGUUUGAUUGCUUAAAAUAUUAAGAAUGUAUUUGAUAAAAGAAAAUAUGUCCAAAGAUGAAAUGUUAAAGCAUCUUCCAUGGAUUCUUUGAAAACAAUCUGUUUUAUAUUGUUGAAAUAGAAGUUUGUACUAA